CCUCUUGCAAAGAAACUUCAAACUUUGAACAUGAGAAUACCGGUAACAGGGCUAGCUAAGCUUUCCAAGACGAUUGUUAGGGUUGAAGGUCCCGAUGCUACGAAGUUCCUCAAUGGUUUAAUCACCACGAGGAUGCUCCCAACCUUGGUGAAAAAGAAGGAACACACCAUUAGCUCCAUAGAUAAUAGACACGCCGAAUUGGCAGAGCUUAUCGAUAUUCAUACAAAUUGGGGGGUCAUGCACGAAGACUUGUACGAUCCAGAACAACAUAUAUUGGUGCGUAGAGAUGGAUUAAACUCCAUGUUCCUUAACUCAAAGGGUAGAAUUCUUACUGAUUGCUUUGUAUAUCCAGAACCAUUUUGCCUGAAAUCCGGUGGUGAUGUGCACGUGACCGCCGAUGCAGUUCCGAGUUUCCUUGUAGAGAUUGAUCUGAAAGUAUAUUCACAAUUAAAGAUGAUGCUUUCAUUACAUAAAUUGAAUGCCAAAGUAAAGAUCAAGCCAACUGAUUUGGAGUCGCAUUACUAUUAUAACGAUUCGCUUGAGUUUGAUGAUUGGUUAGAAAAUAUUCAAAAUGAAUUUUUUGCAACCACUUCUCCAGUCAGUGCUUGGGAAUCUGCCAAUGAGUUUUUCAAGAGUGAUAAACUUUUGGGACCUGGUGUUUUAGGGUUUGCCAUUGACAAUAGAAUCCCCAACUUUGGAAUUAAAAUGAUUAGUGGUGCUAAUGAAAGUAAAAUUUUCUCUGAUAAGUUCCUUUCUCAAUUCGGGACCCCAGAAUUGGUACCAGAGCAAACCAUUGUCCAACGGAGAUAUUUGAACGGGUUAUUCGAGGUGCUGGAUGCCAGCAAGGGCCAACAAUUGCUCCCAUUUGAAGCCAAUCUUGACUACACAAACGGGUUGUCGAUUGAAAAGGGUUGUUAUGUGGGACAGGAACUCACCAUUCGUACAUUCAAUAACGGGGUUAUCCGGAAAAGAAUCUUCCCCGUGCAAUUCUUUGCGUUGGAUUCUAUCAAUGUAGAUAAGAUAGAUCCAGAUCUCAUUUUGGAUCCUACCGACCGGGUCGUUGCAGCUCUUUCCAAAAUCGAUCAAUCAGUGUUGCCCAAUUUGGAGGUCACUCCAUUGGUUGAAAAGCAGAAUGCGGACGAAGAGGAAUCUAAAGCCGCUGCUCAAGAUGCAGCCCCAUCGCCAUUCGGUAGUAGAGUGGUCAGAAAGAGAAACAAAUCUGCUGGGAAGAUCCUUUCCGUCAGGGACAACCUUGGGUUCAUUCUUGCUAACACUACUGAGAUUGAAAAGAAUAAUCUCUAUAAGGUAGAACUCCCAGUUUUGGAAGGAAUUGCAAAAGUGGGUAUCAAGGUGGUUGAGCCAGAUUGGUGGCCAGAAAACUGAAAAAUCUAACAUCCUUGAUCGGUUUCUGCUCGAUAUUUAUUCUUGUAUAUAUAACGCAUUUAUGAUUUUUGCAAGUA